GGGUCCGCUGGAGCCAGGAGGAAACACACGGCGCCGCAGCGAGCAGGAAGUCGGAGUGGGAGAGCAGCAGAAAGACGAGAGGGUGGAAAGAGGAAGCAGCAGCAGAAGAGAAAGCAAAAGCUCCCCGUGCCGCCCGCUGCCCGCCCUGGACUCAGCAUCUCCGGCUCCUGCCCGGGCGGGAAAGCUGCGCCGCCGCUGCCGCUGCCAUGGCCCGGGAGAACGGGGAGGGCAGCGCCUCCUGGAAGAAGCAAGCCGAGGACAUCAAGAAGAUCUUCGAGUUCAAGGAGACCCUGGGAACGGGUGCAUUUUCUGAAGUAGUUUUGGCUGAAGAGAGGGCUAGUGGAAAACUAUUUGCAGUCAAGUGCAUCCCCAAGAAAGCACUGAAGGGGAAGGAAAGCAGCAUAGAGAAUGAAAUUGCAGUCCUGAGAAAAAUAAAACAUGAAAAUAUAGUUGCACUGGAAGACAUAUAUGAGAGUCCAAACCACUUGUACCUGGUCAUGCAACUAGUGUCUGGAGGCGAGCUUUUCGACCGCAUAGUAGAGAAAGGAUUUUACACCGAGAAGGAUGCAAGCACUCUGAUACGGCAGGUCCUAGAUGCUGUCUACUACCUGCACAGAAUGGGCAUUGUGCAUCGAGAUCUCAAGCCUGAGAAUCUGCUGUACUACAGCCAGGAUGAAGAAUCCAAAAUCAUGAUCAGUGACUUCGGAUUGUCAAAGAUGGAGGAUAAAGGAGACGUCAUGUCCACAGCGUGUGGAACCCCAGGAUAUGUUGCUCCUGAAGUGCUGGCCCAGAAACCCUACAGCAAAGCGGUGGAUUGUUGGUCUAUUGGGGUAAUUGCAUACAUUUUGCUCUGUGGAUAUCCUCCAUUUUAUGAUGAAAAUGACUCCAAGCUCUUUGAGCAGAUUCUUAAGGCGGAAUAUGAAUUUGACUCUCCAUAUUGGGAUGACAUCUCGGACUCUGCUAAAGAUUUUAUUCGGAACUUGAUGGAGAAAGACCCUAACAAAAGAUAUACCUGUGAGCAAGCAGCCCGGCACCCAUGGAUCGCAGGGGACACCGCCCUCAGCAAAAAUAUCCAUGAGUCUGUCAGUGCUCAGAUCCGAAAGAACUUUGCAAAAAGCAAAUGGAGACAAGCAUUUAAUGCCACAGCAGUUGUGAGACAUAUGAGAAAGUUACAUCUUGGCAGCAGUUUGGACAGUUCAAAUGCAAGCGUGGCAAGCACCCUCAGCCUGGCCAAUCCACUUCCCGAUGGAACAACCAGGAAAGAUUGUAUGUCCCCAUCUGCUCUCUGUAGUUUUGCUUCAUCUGCUUCUUCGGGUAUUUCUGCAGUAGGAGGAGAACGGAGACCCAGGCCAACCACAGUAACAACAGUGCACACGGGGAGCAAGUGAUCAGCAGAGGGGGAUAGAGACGGGAAAGCCAUCAUGUCGAGCGUACCUACUCCGAGUGAUUUCAUCCUGCAUUGUGCACUCGGCGAAGGACUAGAAGAGAGAAGAUUUUUUUAUGGCCAUAUUUUAUACUGCAAUUCUGAAAUGUUUCAUUUAGCACAAACUGCAAUGACUCCAGGGGGAACGGAUUUAACAGUCUCUGGUGCUGUAUAUAUGAGUCUAGCAAUGUUCUAACUAACAGACGCGCAUUCUUUUUCCCGGUGAUUUACUCUCUUCUCAGUGUAGGUAACAGUAUAUGUUGUAUUUUUUUCCAUUAACUAAAAAGGUCUCGGCUGGAUUAUUUAAAUAGAGAUAAUUUUUGAGAAAUAGACUUUUUUUUUUCUUUUAGCAAGUACUUCCAGUUGCAUCCCUCCUUCCAGUUUGCUGAGGGAUAGGUUACUUCUGUCGGUAGAGAUUUGCAUUGACCUUCCAAAACAGGAGGGUUUCAAAAGCAUGCAUGCCGUUUUUAAUUCCUAAAAUUGGACUGUACACCUGUCUGGAUCUAGCAGUGCCAUUACACUAAAACAAUCUGCUUUCCCUCUCUUCCUCCUUCUUGGAAACAAUGGUGAGAGUUGGUUGAAAACAAUCCAUCAGGACGUGCUGUGAACCUGCAACAUUCAUUGACUUUGAUGGGAGUAGCCCGUAGUUCAGCAAGCAUGUGGAAAAUGAUAUAAUGCUUCAUCCUGCAGCUCUUAUUCCUUGGUUAAACCCUUUGUGGUCCAUCAGUGAGGCCACAUAACUAGGAGUCAGGAGAGCCUGGGUUCUAUUCCCAUGUCUGCCCCUACCUUGCUGCUUGAGCUUUGGGCAAGUCACUGCCCAAGGUCAAAAACUUCAAAUGUGGCCUCUGAUUUUGAGUACCUCCAGUUUGGGGCCUGCUAAUUGAGAGCUGGUGAGCACUGCAACCCACUGACCUCAGCUGAAGUUAUUGGUGGCUCAGAGCUAGGCCCCAAGUGCCCCAAGCUGGGCACCAAAAAUCAGAAAGCAUUAUUGAAAGUUUUGGCCUUUUUUAAAAAAAAUGCCGUGCCUCAGUUUCCCCAUCUGUAAAGUGGUGAUAAUGCUACACACUGCAAUGUGGACGCAGCCUGCCUUUCAUUGUGGUGUAUAAGCUACCUGUGCCCUAUACGCCACCGCAAGCAUAGAAAAGGCAAAAAACGGGCACUGUCACUGCUUUAUCAUAAAUGUUUUAAAUAUCCUGGAACAGAAGAGAAGGCAGUGUUCAGAGAUCACCGCACUUACAAACCUUGUGAGACGUGACCAGAUCUCUACAAGUCAUUCCCAGCUUUGAUUUUUCUGCUAGGAGGAGAAAAGGUAGAAGGGGAGUUGAUGAAACUGAGGCACAUUUAAGCUAUUACUAGCUCCCUACACCCCAAAUACAGCCAUCUCCACAGAGAGGCAGGAAUCAUUUUUCCUUAAACGAUUCUGUUGCCACAUCCACGUCAGUUAUUGUCUGUAAAGAAUUAGAUGAACCAGUCACAGACACAUCUGAAUGUAUACGGCCGUAGUGAACAUGCUACGAAAAGCCAUGACAUUUACUUUUCAUUGAGAUGUCAAAGAUGUAAGGUGAAAUCCUGCCCCUAUUGAAGUCAGUGGGAGUUUGGCCAUUAGCUUCAGAGGAGUCAGGAUUUCAAGAAAACCAGGUGGUACAUAGUGCUAGCUCUUUACAAAGAUGUCAUUGCACUAGCCGCUCAUAAAGAUAUUACAUAUAAUAGAUCUCGGUUGAGUCAGUAUUAAUCUGUGCACCAUUUUCAGUCUGGAGAUUUAGAGUAUGAUUUAACCAGUUUCCCCCAGAGGUUCCCAACAACCCCAUAUCAUAUUGUGCCUAGCACAGACAUUCAAACUAUAAUGAUUUAAUGUGAACUCCAUAAAACACUCGUGUGCAUCUGACUUUCCACUGUGGAUAUCUGACACUCCACUAUAUCACCUUGUAAAACCUCAGAGAUGCAGCCAGUCUCUGACAUAAUGGGCCAGAUCCCCAGCCAAUGUCAAGUGGCGUCAUUCCAUUGAAGUCAGUCGAACUACUCCGAUUUUCACCAGCCGAGGAUCUGAACCAACACGUGACAGUGACAUACCAGAGCACUGAUAUGCAUGCUCGGUUUUUAAUAGAGGAAUUGCUCUUCAAAGAGGUUAUUUGGCUCCAUUCUCAAAGCAAAAUCAAAAAGCCACAGCCAUUAAUUUCUAAGAAACACGUUCAAAUGCCUGAUACUGGUCUCAUUGAAGUCAGCGGUAAAAUUCCCGUUGGCUUCAGUGAUGCAGAAUUCUGCCCCAGAUUUGGUAGACAGGAACAGCAGUCAAUGCUGGGGGACCUUGUUGAGCUGAGCCCCUCUUAUCCAAAAUCCUACAUUAUCUAAAACUGGAGUGUGCCCCCUGACAUACAGUGUUUUUCAUUUAGGGCCUUAUUCAUAUUCAUACUAAGGUCUCUUGCCAUCUCUCUGGCAGUGUAAAUGGGGCUUAAAGUGGCUGUUAAUGCAAUUUAUGCCACUAUAAGACCUAUUUAUGCUGCCGGACUGGUGUAAAGGGACCUUCAUUUAAGUCAUAAUAAGGCCCUAAAAGCCUUAACUUAUCUCAGAACUUCAUCUUCCAAAUAAAUUCAGUUGGCCCAAUAAAUUCUGAUCUCAGUUGCACCCGUGUAAAUAUGAAGUAACUUGAUUUUGAGUCAGUGGAUUUACACCACAUUCACACUGGUUUAACCCAGAAUUUGGCCGAUGGUGCUUUCCUGUAUAUGCUGCUGCAUAUAAAGUGAAGCUCAAGCAGCCCCUAUACCUAUCUAUCUCAUAGAACUGGAAGGGACCCUGAAAGGUCAUUGAGUCCAGCCCCCUGCCUUCACUAGCUGGACCAAGUACUGAUUUUGCCCCAGAUCCCUAAGUGGCCCCCUCAAGGAUUGAACUCACAACCCUGGGUUUAGCAGGCUAAUGCUCAAACCACUGAGCUAUCCCUCCCCCCCAUCUAUCGCUGUUUGCAUUCUCUUCUAACAUCAGACUGAAGUUUCUGAUUUUGAUUUAAUUGCUUAUAACAAUAAUCAGAAUAUGGCCCAGUUCAAAUCUGUCUUGCAAAAAUAAAUGUUUUCCUUCGGCAAAAUAAAGAGGAGUGCCAUACAGAAAGGCAAGUCCAUUGCAAGAGCGCACUCCCUCAAUUGAUGUUUGGUUAAUUUUCUGCCACCGUCCAGUAUGUCUACAAUACCUCCCUGCUGGAUGUGAAUAGUGUCACAUUUAGCUGUGGCUUUACAAUAGUUUCCAUUUCAUUCUAGACUGGAAAUUAGAUUUGUCUUAAUGUUGCUGGUAUUCCACAAGAAUUGGAUCAUUUUAUUAUCGCUCUAUGUGGAUUAGUACCUUAAGAAAAGGAUCAGAAGAAGUUAAAAGUAAAACGUUUCUUUCUGCCAGAAGUCGAGGAGAUGGAAAGCUUUUGUUUCUCAAGAACUGUGGCUGGGGAUCUGACAGGUAUUUGUGGGAAGGGGAGAGCGGAGAUUUUUACUGUCAUUGAUUCACUACGGAUCUAUCCCUCUUCAGAGCCAAAUCUUUUCAACUUACACCCCCACACGUCUAGUGACAGGUGUAACUCGGCAGACUACACCCCAGCCUGGCCUGCCAGUUGAGUUCUAAACCAGUGUUAUGAAUGAGUGUAAAAAUGAACAGUAUGUAACCAGUGCAGGUGGGUGUGAGGUAUCAUAAGAAAGCACAGCUGGUUAUUUUCCAAGGGGCCAUCUCAUCAAACCAUUAGUGGUUCACUCAUUGCAUGUGGUCUCCAUCUCGGAGACUUGCCCCUGAGUUAUGCUCCUCUUAGCUUUAUUUGUUUAAAUCGCACCACUGUGAUUUGUUAACUUUUUUUUUCCUGGACUCCCUCCUUCUGGUCUUUGCUUGCAGCCUCGAUUGUUCAAUUGUUACCUCCAGAGUCACAGUUCUCAUCUGUGACACCAACACCAAUGUUCUUGUCAGGAAAACAUAAAACUAACCCAGCUAACACCAGUCGCCUGCAGGAGACUGGCGACUGUAGGUUGCCUGGGAACUUCCUGAGAUUGAAUGUCAGUUCUGCAGUGUCAGUGCCACACACCACUGAUUUUGCGGUUGACUUUUUAUUCCUAAAGCAGCCUAGAUUUCCCACUGGAUCACCUCCUGAAAGACAAACUGGAUAUUGACCCUGCAGCGCAGCUAGUGAGGAGGCAGGUGAAUGGGAAAAGACUGUCUGUGGCAAAAUGAAACUCACCCGCCCCGAUUAUGCUUUAGUUAUUUCUGGGCAGGUAAUGUCUCUUCUGCAUUGGUCACUAUCAUGCAGGUGCCAUCAAACUAGUCGGUUCAGAAAAGCUUUAUUAGUUCACCUUCUUCUAGAUUGUCUGUUAGUAUAGUGGACUGAAAUUUAAAAAAAAAACAAUAGUAGACACUGAUUCGCUGCUGCUAAGGAUUAAAUGAUCAUGUAAUGUGUAUUCCGUGGGGAAAAUUAUUUUUAGGUGGUUCUGAAAACAGAAAUUAAAUGGGGACUUUUAACAUUGAAGUCAGCUUGAAAAAAGAGGAGGUAUAUCCUCUGAUCCAUGUAUUUCCUGGGUUUGCUUUGCUAUUGUUGACAACAGUUGUAUCUAUAACAAGUUUCUCUCCUUCACAGCCCUGGUUUAUUUUCCCCCUUUUCUGCCUGAUCCUUCAGUGACAGCAGAAUCCCAUGUUUAUGACAUCGCAGUCAGUUGCCCUGGUGGUCAUUGUAAUGUCACAAAUGAAGCAUUAGGAGACAAAUCUGGACAUCACCAUGAGAAGGGGCCAUACAAGUACCUCGAUAGAAAAAAUCAUGGCACUCGAGUGGCUCGGGCUUGUCCUGGGAAUCUCCGCACUGGGGUGAAACUCAUGGAGAAAGGCGUUUUACCCUUGCAAAUUGACAGCGUGGCAUUGGAUCAGUUUAAUCAUUGCCAUGCCACCCACACACCAUGUGACUGGUAUAGUCUUCCUCCAUAGAAGAGAGUUGUAGAUGUGUUUUCAUGGUUACAGACCAAUGGCUUAGCCUGACUUCUCCCCUAACUCAUCCCUGCCUACCAAAGCCUUUGCAAACUAUGGUGCAGGGUUGUGUGAUGCACAAGGGGUAUGGUAUACUGCAGCAUCACACCCUUCCCACUGAAUCAGGGCCUUCCAGGCCUGCAGGGAGGGCGUUGGGGGUGUGUAUCCUGCACUGCAGGAUGAAGCAGGAAGAGCAGAUGAGCCAGGAGGAAACAAGCCCCGGUUCGAGCCCAAAUAGCUUUAGUCAUUAGCAAGCAGUGAGAACAUUCUGAACAAAAGUGAAUGGGGAAGUGGAUCUGUAUUUGUCAGAUUCAGUGAAACCUGUGCUAACAUUUCCACCCCCAUUAACCAACAACUUCUGUCUUGAGCAGAGCUGGGCAAAUACUGCAAAACCUUGGGCUGAAUUUACAAACAGAAUUUAGACUUCUGUGUUUGUUCUCUGCAGAUAUUCCGGGAACCAAUUUACUGGCUAGAGUGUUUGCAGAGAGAGACCAUGGAACCCCAGUUCAGCGAGGUACAGAAACACAUGUCUACCUUUGCUUCCCGUUUGACUUUAAUGGGAUUCAUCACAUGCUUAAAGUUAGGCAUAUGCAUAAGUACCUUCUGAAUUAGGGCUCCAAAGUGUUGUUUCUGCAGAUACAUCAGUUCAAUGGCACUAUUCAUGUUCUUCAAGUUGCGCACAUGCUUAAGUACCUUGCUGAAUUGGGCCUAAAUAAAUACCAGAGAAUAUUCAUGGGAAGGGAAUUUUGCUUUCAUUAUCAUGACCAUUUGAACCAGAAAUCUGAUUCUAAGAAUUAUGCUCAUCCACUCAAAGGACAGAAACCUAUCAUGUGGACUUGUGCGUCUAAUCAAAACAGUAUCAAAAUCAAAUGCAACAGAAUGCUCACUAAUGCAAAGUAUUAUCCAGCCAGUAAUUUCAAGUAACAGAUAUAUGAGGGGAUUGCAAUCUGCUCAUAGACAUUUGGUGAACAAAAAUUCAUUUGGUAAAUUAUUCAAUAGAAGAUUAUUCACCCAGCAGCAGUUUUAUGUGAUCCCUGUAAAUUAUCCCAAAUUUCCAGUACAGUUGUAUCUUACCCUUAGAUUCAUGUCUACUAGACAAUUUCUUUAUUGUGUGUGCAAUAUUCCCUUGGUGUGAUUACUUAUUUUAUACAGAUUUCACAGAUAUUUAAAAGUUUGUCCUAAGACAUAAAUUCCUUUUCUGGCUUCAUUUAGGAUUGUAUCCAUAUAAAUUACAUUUGUAAUUAAGCAUACGAGUGUCUUAAUCUCAGAUGUUAUUUUUCAGGACUCCACCUAACAAAACAGCUGAUCAGUGCAUUGAUCUUUGGUUUCUAUUAGCAUGGUCAGAUUCACAGUGCCUACAUUUUUCCACGAUAGAGAGGGAAAACAGGGCGUGUGUGUGAGUGUCGUGAAAAUCACUGCUAAACUCACAAUGACAUGAAAAUGUCCAAUUAAUGCACGAUAUUGCACUGCAUGUAUUAAAUUGUACUAUUUCUACAUUUCCCAAGCCUUUGCUGUAAACACAUCCUGGACCCAGUCCCCUGGGGUUUCUUUUAAGUUUGGUUUUGAAAUGACUAUAUGUAUCUGUAACUCGAAAUCCAUCGUUACCUAGCGCUAACUGCAAAAGCUGACGUUUUGUGAACAAAACACUGCAAAGCCUGAGAAUGUAUUUUGUCCUUUUACUAAAUGCUGUGCAGUUUUUAAGGGAAGAUCUCUGUCUAGAGCGGCUUCAUUCUAUGCAUCCGUCAGUUACACCUGUCUUGGUUCAGGGAAAUCAAAACUGUUUUUUGUUUUGUUUUCACGUAUGCUUAAAAACAAUUAUCUACCAUUAAAAUCCCUUGUACUGGAUUUACUGCACAGCGAGGGCUGCCAAGCAAACAUGUUAGUUAUAUCUAUGUCUCUGCGCUUGAAGAUAACAGCAAAACUUAGACUGGAAUGUAGGCUAAGUCAAUUUAUAUUUUCCGCCUUUUCCUGAGAAGCUCUUGGAAUUUGGCUUUUGCAGAUCUGUUGCAGAAUAUUCUGUUGCUGUGGACCAAGCCAGCUGCUGAAUAUCUUAGUCAUGUUGUUCCUAAAGCAUCAAGUGUCAGAACUCAUUUUUUUCAGUUGCAUUUAACCCAUUGUGCUCCAGGCAUUCAAGUCUGUAUUUAUCAACAAAAGACUUCAACCCUAUUUUCUGUACUACCUGGAAAUGAUUCUCGUCUUCUCUUCUGCUGAUCGGUCUCUGCGAAUCAUUUUGACUCGUGAUUUCUUUUUCUGAGGCUGGACAAGAGAGAGGAGGUCACACAGAGCUCUCAGUAUCAAUGCUGGAACCCCACUCAACUAAUCAGCUGAGAGGGCAAUUUGCCUGAUUGCUCAGUGUUUGCUGUUUAUAUUACAGAAGAGUCGGACAUUACUGAAAGCUCAAAAUCCACAAAGGGAUCCAGCUGAGAGCUAGGAAAUUGCUUGCCAGUAGGAAGAUGGGUUCAGUCAUUCCUUCACAAUCAAUUUCCCUGGAAGCAGCAUGCUUGGCAGGGGAAUUUCAGCAAAAGUAAGGCCAAGGUGAUGUAGGGAGUGAAUUUAAAACCUUCUAGCUAGUUUGAGAGCUAGUUUCUCCUACCCUUGCAGCCCUGCACAGUGGCUGACUAGAAUCUCACCGGAAAGCAUAAUACCUCCCUCCUCCAUGCUUUUGGGGUUAGCAUCACAAGAAUGAAGCAAGAGUUGCUCUUCCCGCUGGCUGACAGGAUACAGGGAGGGGUGAUGGGGAAUGGUUCUGCUAUGGCCCUGCCGUCCGCAUCAGCCCACAAAGCAGUGGGCAGCCCUUCUGCAAAGUCUCAAUUCAGCAAAGAACUCCAAGCACAUCAGUCUCAUUGGAGUCAACAGAAUUUGUGUGCCCUAAAGGUAAGCAUGUGCUUACGUGCUUUGUGGAAUCAGGGCCCACGGGAGACAGAGGUGCUGCUAUGCUGUGCACACAGAGGAAGUCCUCAAUCAGAAUCCCUCCUGCAUCACCCUCUACACCCACCAAGCAUAGCCUGGGGUCGCAAGGGCUGAAUCUUGCCCUAGGUGAGAAAGCCAGGUCAGUAUUUACCACCUCUUUAUUCAUGCCCAGCUUCUGCAGCCCUGACAUCCCACAGACUUGAGUAGAACAUCGGACCAGUUAAUCAGCUCAGAGUGAGUUACUAGGUGAUUCAUGUUUCUGCUCAUCCGGGCCAGUGACGUUUCUCUCUGAGUCUUUGCUUCUGGGUGGGAAGCAGCAUUUCUGCAUUUUAUUUAUUUUUAACAUUUGGCUUGGGACAAAAAAAGCCCAGCCUGCCCAAAGGGACAUUUGGGGAGGAUUCCCGAAAUAGCACUCGACUGCAAAACAUCUCUUGGUUUAUUUUUACAAAGAUGCGAGCAUGUUUUAUUAACAAAAAGAGAAAAAAAAGCUUACAAUUUUAAUCCAGGAAUGUCAGUGUGCCUAAUAUUACAGGCCUUGUGAUUGAUACAAUUUCAUAACAACAUCCUUGUCCAAAUGAAGGGAAAUAGUGUAUUUACUCCAUGCAUGUACUAAGGCAUUGCAAAAAGUUUAACCUGCGUAAUGGGUUUGCGAACCUGCAAAUUGUUAAUGGGGCUAUGUCGCAAAUGAUUCUCUGCCUUGACAAUCAUGUAUACAUAUCGAGAUUUCUAUCAUAAUGAUAAGUGAAAGGGAUGAUUAAUUGUUUUCCUCCAAUAAAUCCAAUUAAAUCAC